UCCAACUGUAACGACUCUACAAAUGGGCGGAGAAUCUACCUCUGACAUCUUCUAUCAGCCCUCACAGCCAAUGAGAUCUAACUUCAGGGAGUGUGUAGGUCUACAACAUGCUGGACAAAAGAGGUUUUUCUUUUACCUUGUACAAACUCUUCACCACGACACUGCUAAUGCUGUCAUCUACAGAUUCCUGUUUGGGUUUUAAUGAUGUCUGGGAUGAGAGGAAGCAAGUGCACACGUGUAGUACGAGGCCUGAUUCUCUGGAUUUUAUUGACCAACAUCAUGCUGGUGCUGUACUGCUUGACGAACCAAACCCAAGUGAAGUUUAGGGACUCCCAAGAAGACACGUGUUCUCUCAGUAUGGCAAAAUUAUUGAAGCAAAAUGUGACCACGCCUGCUCAAAGCACAAAAUCCCAGUCAGAAGAGUGCUCCCCCACAGUGGACAUCAUGUUCAUGAAGACCCAUAAGACUGCCAGCAGCACCAUACUCAACAUUCUCUUCAGGUUUGGAGAAAAGCACAAGCUUAAAUUCGCCUUCCCCAAUGGCCGCAAUGACUUCUACUACCCAUCGCCUUUCCUGUGCUCCCAGGUGAAAGACUACAGGCCUGGAGACUGUUUCAACAUCGUCUGUAACCACAUGCGCUUUCACCAUCAUGAAGUGGCCAAGCUCCUGCCUCCGAAUGCUGCGUACAUCACCAUCCUGCGUGACCCAGUGGCUCUCUUUGAGUCGUCUUUCCAUUAUUAUCACAGAGCAGUUCCUCUCACAUGGAAGAUCAGUGGAGAGGACAAACUGGCAGAGUUUCUAGAGAAUCCUCAGACCUUCUACAGCCCAGAGGCCUUCAACUCAUUCUAUCUCAGAAAUCUGCUCUUUUUUGACUUUGGUUUUGACAACAACCUGGAGGCUGAUGAUCCUCGUGUAAUGAUGAAUAUUCAUAACUUAUCGAAACAUUUUGAUCUGGUACUUAUAGCAGAAUAUUUUGAGGAAUCUCUGAUCCUGCUUAAGGACACACUCUGUUGGACCAUGGAGGACAUCCUGUAUUUUAAACUCAAUGCUCGCAAGAGCUCGUCUGUAUCUCGACUUACCCCUGACUUGAGAGCCAAAGCUUUACAGUGGAACGGAGCUGACUGGAAACUCUAUCAGCACUUUAAUGCUACCUUCUGGGCCAGAGUGGAGGCAUACGGGAGAGAGAGAAUGAAACAGCAAGUCAAAGAGCUUAGGAGAAAAAAUGCUGAGAUGAAGGACAUCUGUAUCGAGGAUGGAGGCGCAGUUGAAGCCCAAAAGAUUCAGGACAGACGUUUUCUGCCCUGGCAGCCAGUCGGAGAGUCUUCCAUCCUGGGAUACAACAUGAAGACAAGUACUGACCCCAAAUUCAAGACAAUCUGUGAAAAGAUGCUCACACCUGAAAUACAAUACUUAUCAGACCUGGGUGUAAACCUGUGGCUUACUAGACUUUGGGGUUGGUUCAAAGAUACUGUUUUUAGAAUUUAACCCUGAUUAAAACAUCUAAAAUAUACCCAUUUAUCCUACAACAUCUGUGCGCCUAUGAAUGUUUCCUCUGAAUGAUGAAUAUUGUACAUUCAAAUUUGUCAUCUAGAAACUGAAUUGCCGUUUGGCUGCAUAUAAUGGGUCACAUACAGUAUUGGCCUACAGAUGGGUGUAAAUGACAUAAAAAUGAUAAACUGCGUGUUUACACUCUUGUAAAUGGGUUCAGGCUUAAAGUGUGAACAUAUACUGCGUUUAUGCUCACCUCCCUGCUUAGAUUUACAUAUACAGGGAGUCAGUGUUUCAGCAAUAUUGUGCAAAGCUUACAGUAUUUGCUUGAUGGUCCACUCCUAGCACUAAUGUUUCUGGCCUAAGUUGUAUGUAUGUUUCAGGGAGCAUAACAUGUCCCAGGUUCUAAUUUUUGUUGAGCCCACAGGAACCAAACUGAAUCAGUAGUAGCUAUAAUGUUGCUGAAAGUACAGUUACUCAGAGGGGACAGGCGGUGUUAGUGUGCCCCCUAGGGCCCUGAAGAUCAGGUGCAGUUGUAUUCACUGCAUUUGAAAGUGGUGGGCUUGCCUGACCCUGUCAUGAUGGUUUACAGAACGUUUAAUCUUCAUCACUGACAGUAAUGAUGGUUCAAUAAUGGUAUCAUCAAUACACCUUUGAAUUUCCUGCUAUGACAUUUUAAAACUGGCUGCUGUGAAACAAGCCCUUUGCGAACAUUCCCUGCAGUUUGCAGAUUAUAUUACUGUAUGUCAGCACAGAAGUCGAGUUUAACUAUUGUAUUCUCUUUUAAUGACAAUAUGUGUUGCACAUAAGAUAUAUCUUUGGAAUCUACCUUGAAUAAAGAUGGUCUUUCUCUGCAUAGUGAAAAUAAAGUGGGAGUAAGAAUCAUUUCUCUCCACCUUGUGUUGUGUGCAUAAGAAUCAUCUUGGUAGUAAUUUAUCUUUUGUGAAUAUGCUAUUUGUAUACUAUUUGUAUGUGUGUGUGUUUUUUAUUAUUAUAUUUGCUUUUUACGUAUUAGAAAUAUAUGGACUUUUUUUUAACAGUAUGACAGCAAUGAGCAAUUGCCUUUGCUCCUUACAUGUUUAUGUAAUAUUGUGAUUUCAGAAUAAGUCUGUGGAUUUUAUUGCUUGUAACCGUCCUGUCUUUGCAACUCAAAUGCCUAAUAAAGUAGAAAUGCCACCAAAAUAAGUCAAACAACCUUUUGUGAGUUGUGUACAA